CCGCGUUUGGUCAUAAACACGCGACUUGUGUUUCUAACAUGACGGAUAAGGGAGUGAAGCACGCGCUGGAGCUGGUCCAGGCAGAGGGUGCUGAUGAGGGUUGUGUGACAUUUGUUCUCCAUGAAGAGGAUCACACACUGGGCAACUCACUUCGUUAUAUGAUCAUGAAAAGCCAGGAUGUGGAGUUCUGUGGAUACAGCAUCACACACCCAUCAGAAAGCAAAAUUAACUUCCGGAUACAGACGCGAGGAGGACUUCCUGCAUCUGAACCUCUGCGCUGUGGCUUGAACAACCUUACUGAAGUUUGUAAACAUGUCCUGUACACAUUUGAGGCACGGAUGAACACUUUUAAGAAUGGAGAAGAAUCGAUGGAGUAAAGCCGACAUCAACACUCGAUACACUACUCUGAUGAUCUCAACUGGACUAGAAUUAACAAGGAUAUUAACUUUAUAUUGAUGGAGUACUUAUAAGUCUUUGUUGUAGAACAACAAUCCAGCCCUGUUUCCCACAGUUAUUCUUGUUUUUGUAGAAAAAUAUCUUUUGGUACAGUAUAAUCAUCUCUGCAAGUGAUCCAUCACCCUUAGGCAUUUUUUUUAAUAAAGUUUAAACAUGCAGAAUAUGCUAAACCACAAAACGAAUUUAAGUGAUUGUUAUAUCCGGUUCUCUUUCAUUUGCAAAUUGAAUUUAUAUUGAGACUAAUCUGAAUAGUAAAAUAUUCAUUAUACAUUCAUGCUGCCUUCUCAACAUUUGAAGAGUUUCGUUGCAAAAGGAGAUAAUUCAGUUUUUUUUAAUUCUUCAGAAAUCUCGUUUUUUGGUUGUGCAUUCCAAUUAGCAUCAAUUCAACUGCAGUUGGUUUGUUUUGUUUAAAACUUCAUAACUUAAAAAAUACAGCUAAGUAGCACCAUAAAACAAAAUAAUAACAUAAUAACAUAAAAAUAAACAUGUUUGACAAAAAUGUAAAAAAAAUGGAUUUAUCUCGUUUUGCAACAAAACUCUUCAUUUGUAAGAAAUGUACUUAUCAGGUGAAUUUGAAAGUGAAGUGAAAUGGAAUUAUUUGUAGGUAGGAGUAGGGCUGGACAAUAAUUCAAUAUCGAUAUGUUGUGGUAUAUAUUUUUUCAAUAACGGUGAUAUGGCCUCUAAACACAUUUCCGAUAUUCCGAUAUAAAUUAUAGCGUCCUGUGCCACGUCUAAAAACACGUGUUAAACGCCAGUCAAUGCGCUUUUUCCUUUAGAGCGCGUGGCGUCUUUCGCAGCUAAGCAAAAACGUAAUGCCUAAUCAAUUUAAAUCGCUCAUCUGUGCCUCGCGUCAAAUCAUAUUAUUGUUAUUAUGCGAUCAAUGAAUCUAGUGUUUGCUCAGAGAAGAGCUGUCACCCAGAAUACGAGAAGGAGGUGGGGGGUUAGUUCACGUCAAGUCACAACUUCCAAUGGUGACACCGUAUAGGGCAGUGUUCUUCACUCCCAAUCCUGGAGAGCCGGUGCCCUGCAGAGUUUAGCUCCAACCUUAAUCAAACACACCAGCAAGCUAAUCAAUGUCUUCAUGAUCACUAGAAAAUCACAGGUAGGUGUGUUUGAUUAAGGUUGGAGCUAAACUCUGCAGGGCACUGGCUCUCUAGGAUUGGGAGUGAAGAACACUGAUAUAGGGAGCAGGGCCGGCCCUGGCCAAUUUGCUGCCCUAGGCAAGAUUUCACCUGGUGCCCUUUAGAAUCACAAUUGUGUUCCAAUCAUUUUACUCAUAAACUUAUACAGAAACACAAACUGCACAGCUUUGUCUUGUUUUUCUUUAUUUUGAAAAUAUUUUGGAAACAAACACACACGCACGCACGCACGCACGCAUAUUGUGGCUAUACUGCACUGAAGCGGCAGUUUAAAAUACAAACCCAGAAUUUAGGGAACGUCAAGAACAAGAAAGCGGAAACAACA